CGAAGGCUGACGCUCGUGUGAGAUACUUCUCUGCAGGGUACGCGAUUGCAUAAAGCGAGGGAGAGCUCCGCACCGGGCCGCUCAACACAUUGAGACCGCGGCCAUGUUUUCGCACAAAGAGAAACACCCAAAUCUCUCCGACGAUGCCGGAGCACCGCCCUACGACACCAAUUACGACGAUGACACCCCGGAUAUGGUGGUAUGCCCACCGCAUACCACGGAGCGCAAGCUGAUCACUAAGAUCGACCUGCACGUCGUUCCAUUCCUCUGCAUCAUGUACCUACUCGCUUUCUUGGACCGAGUUAACAUUGCCAACGCUGAUGUCUUUGGCUUGUCCAAAGAACUCGGCCUCGUCAAGACGCAGUACAAUAACGCACUCGUCAUCUUCUUCGUGCCAUACAUCCUAUUCGAGAUUCCGUCGAACAUCAUACUGAAGAAGCUGAAGCCUAGGGUAUGGCUCGCGAUAUGCAUGUUCGGUUUUGGGCUUGUCACCAUGCUCCAGGGCUUCGUCCACAGCUACUCGGGAUUGCUGGCAACGCGGUUUUUCCUGGGAGUGUUUGAGACGGGCAUGUUCCCAGGUGCCUUCUACUUGAUUGGCAUGUGGUAUCGAAGGCACGAAGCGCAGAAGCGGUAUAGCUUCUUCUUCAGCAGCACCACAUUGGCUGGCGCAUUCGGUGGUCUGCUCGCCAGCGCCAUCGGAAAAAUGGACGGCAUGCGCGGUUAUCAGGGAUGGCGUUGGAUCUUUAUACUGGAGGGCACGCUAACCUGCGUGGUUUCGUUCUUCUUCUUCUUUCUGUUGCCCAACUUCCCCGAGGAAGUUAAGUGGUUGACAAAUGAAGAGCGCGAUUUCGUCCAGGCCCGACUGCGCAUCGACCAAGGCAGGAGUGCGCGAGAGCGACCCAUCAAGCUCGCAGAUGUUGGACGCGUUUUCAAAGACCCGAAGAUCCUCGUCGGUGGCUUCAUGUACUUCGGUUUGAUCGUGCCAGCCUAUGGGUACGCGUACUUCUCACCUGCCAUCAUCAAAGGGUACGGCUAUAGCAAGAUCCAGACGCAGCUGCACUCUGUCCCGCCAUGGGCAGCAGCUUUCGGUUUCGCAAUGACCAUUGCGUGGUUUUCGGAUCGAUUGAAACAUCGCUUCCUCUUCGCCAUCUUCCCCAUCUGCGUUGCUAUCGCAGGGUUUGCAAUCCUCAUAACCGUCCACAACAACCACAACCUGCAGUAUGCGGCACUAUUCCUCGUCGCUAUGGGAUGCUACACAGCCAUGCCUGUCAUCGUAUGCUGGUUCAACAUGAACCUGGGUGGACAUCACCGCAGGGCGAUAGGAUCAGCUUGGCAAGUCGGCUUUGGUAAUAUUGGAGGCAUCAUUGCAGUCUAUGCAUUCCUGGCCAAGGAUGCGCCCAAAUAUAUUCCGGGAUAUUCGAUUUGCAUUGCCUUCGUAUCGCUGAGUGCGCUUAGCUGCACGCUAUACUUCUUCAUGUGCCAGUGGGCGAACCGAAGCCGAGAGAAGAGCGUAAGGGAUGUAGGGCUGACUGAGUAUGAGAAGACGGAGCUGGGCGACCUGAACCCGGACUACAGGUAUUUGCUGUAGGGGCACAGUCUGGUGAAGAGAGCGUUCGAAAACCGUCCAGAAUGCAAAAACAAGCGAAUAGCAGAUGAAAUC